UUCUUCAUUGGUGUGUGGUUUUUGUAUGUUCAUGGGAAAUCUCAAUUCUAUUGAUGCGCUCUUGUUGCUGUGUGUGUAAUUGUGAAGAGUACAAAGAGAAAACGAAUCAAGUUCACGAAACACCUCACCUUCUUGUCUUAUUCUCUCUCUUUCUCGCGUAAAACUUCAGGGUUUUUCUGUCUACAAAAAAGAAUAAACUUAUUUUCUAGAUCAGGAGGUUCCUUUUCGUCAUUUUUGAGAGACCCACAAGAUUUCAACCAUUAAUAAACUCUCCCAAAUAAAUCUUUCGACUCUGAUUGACUCUGUGAUUCUUGAUCAUCAUCACCAUCUCAAUUGGAACAAGCAAUUAGGUUGGAGAAGAUGGACACAGGAUUUGAUCCUGAACAAGUGAUUGAAGAAUUUGAGGGUUUAACCAAAGAUGCUAAGAGGAUUCAGACGGAAACUUUAAAGAAAAUCUUGGAAGAAAAUUCUGAAGCAGAGUAUCUAAAAAAAUGGCGUCUUGAUGGUAAAACUGACCCUGAAAGUUACAGUUCACGUGUCCCUCUUGUUACCCACAAAGAUCUCGAGCCUUUAAUUCAACAAAUUGCUGAUGGUGCACCUUACCCUAUUCUCACUGGCAAACCAAUUACCACAAUUACGUUGAGUUCUGGGACUACUCAAGGGAAGAGAAAGUUUGUACCUUUCAAUAAUGAGUUGACCGAAACAACAAUGCAGAUUUAUCGGACUUCUUUUGCCUUCAGAAACAGGGAAUUUCCGAUUGGAAAUGGGAAAUCUUUAAGCUUUAUCUAUGGCAGUAAACAGUUCAAGACAAAAGGUGGUCUACUAGCAGGAACUGCAACUACUAACGUGUAUCGAAGUGAACAAUUCAAGAAAACAAUGAAAGCAAUGCAAACCCCAUGUUGUAGUCCGGAUGAAGUUAUCUUUGGGCCUGAUUUCCAUCAAUCUUUAUACUGUCAUCUCCUUUGUGGUGUUAUUUAUCGUGAUGAUAUCCAGGUUAUAUCAUCUACUUUUGCACAUAGCAUUGUGCAUUCCUUCAGAAGCUUUGAGUUAGUCUGGGAAGAACUCUGUUCUGAUAUAAAAACCGGAACUUUAUCUUCUCGAAUCACUGUUCCAUCUAUCAGAACUGCCAUGGCCAAGAUCUUGAAACCAAACCCUGAGUUAGCAGACAAGAUUCAUGAAACGUGUUUAAGUUUGACAAAUUGGUAUGGAUUAAUCGAGCAUUUGUUUCCUAAUGCCAAGUACAUUUAUGGGAUCAUGACUGGAUCAAUGGAACCUUAUUUGAAAAAACUAAGGCAUUAUGCUGGUGGAAUACCGUUGUUGAGUGCAGAUUACGGGUCGUCAGAAGGGUGGAUCGGGGCAAAUGUGAACCCGACCCGCCCGCCCGAAAUGGCCACCUUUGCUGUGCUUCCUAACAUUGGAUAUUUUGAGUUUAUACCAUUGAGGGAGAUUGAUGUAGCUAGCCAAGAUCGAACCCUAACUGAGUUUGGUUCACUCAUGGUCGAACCGAGGCCCGUGGGUUUGACCGAUGUCAAGGUCGAUGAAGAGUAUGAGGUUGUUGUCACCAAUGUUGCAGGUUUGUAUCGUUACAGACUUGGGGAUGUUGUUAAGGUUGUUGGGUUCCAUAACUCGACUCCAGAGCUUCAAUUUGUUUGUAGAAGAAACCUAAUGCCGACAAUCAACAUUGACAAAAACACAGAGAAAGACUUACAGUUGUCAGUCGAAGCUGCAGCCAAAUUGUUGGCGGCUGAAAAACUUGAGGUGGUUGACUUUACGAGCCAAGUUGACCUUUCCUCGGAGCCGGGACGUUAUGUGAUAUAUUGGGAGGUAAGUGGCGAAGCAAGAGAGGAGGUGCUUAAAGAGUGUUGCAAUUGUUUGGACUCGGCGUUUGUUGAUGCUGGCUAUGUGAGUUCUAGAAAGGUUCAUGCCAUUGGACCGCUAGAGCUUAGAGUCUUGAAAAGAGGGACAUUUCAAAAGAUUUUGGACCAUUAUGUUGGAUUGGGGUCCACCUUGAACCAGUUCAAGACUCCACGAUGCGUGGGGCCAACUAACCAGAUAGUGUUACAAAUACUCGUCAACAAUGUUGUAGAAAGUUAUGUUAGUACUGCUUUUGGCUAGGGUUCGGGGUGGUUGUAGGGGCAGGGCAGGGUUGUUAAUAUGUAUUAUCAUAGUUUGCAUAUUUCUCGAAAGGCUUGAAACAAUAUGCUAUCAAUGUUGUAUAGAGAAGUUUGUGCUUCUUUUGUACUUGUGGACAUUCUAUAAAAAAAUCUUUUAGAA